AUUUUGACACAGCUUUUUCACCAAUUUCCCGCUCAGCUCGUCAGCAUUGGGGCACUGCGGCACAGUUGCCCAGCAGUUGUGGUCACAAUUACCCAGUAACUGAAGUUUUCCGCGGAUCACAGUAGUCAUUUAUUGAUAAAUACGCCAGUCGAUGACAGCUGUAUAACUUUCUGCGCACUCACACGAGCGCACACGAAUGUACGCACCCACACACACGCACACAAAUUUACGCCUGUGUACAUUUCUCUGACCUUCUCAGCGUUUUUAUUUUUUGGUUUGGCAACUGAAAAGAAGGGAGCACAUAACUGCGCACUCAAGUUCUAGCAACUGCAAUUGAGUCGAACGGUUGUGCUUAAUAUGUUACAGUUGUUUGUAAGCGGGCGAAAUUGUUUAAUUGCACAGUAGGCACAUGAGAAAAAAUACCGAACCCGAAUUGAAAAACUCUCUGGAAUUGUUGUUGUGUUGUGCAGCACUUUGAAAAGGCGACGCGACGCUGCGCAGCACUGCCCAUGUCAUCAACAUUUUUAAACCGCUGAUUCACUGUGGCGGUAAUCGAUUGGUCGAUAGUUAUUUACGUUUCGCUAUCUGGCAAUACUGCUGUUUUAGGAAAAAAAAAACGCGUAAAAUAUAAACAAAUGAAAAUUAACCACAAAUAUGAGUUCGACGACGAUGUGGCCUCCAUAUGCGAGUCAACGGCCGCCCUAACCGAGGGAUGUCGUUUACCCGUCAGGAUGCACAAAACGGACGACUGGCCACUAGCGGAGAUUGUGAGCAUCAAGGAGUUGGAUGGGCGCCGGCAGUUUUACGUGCACUAUGUGGACUUCAACAAGCGCUUGGACGAGUGGGUCAACGAGGAGGAUCUGUACACGCGAAAGGUGCAAUUUCCGCGGAGAGACGGCUCACAAACAGGCACCAGCACUGGAGUGACCACGCCACAGCGCCACCAUUCCCUAGCGGGCAGCGUUUCUCGGCCUACAUCACCGCAACACCCUGGUUCCGGGGCUCUGGCAGCCAUCCCCCAGACUCCUACUGGUGCAUCAGGCAGUGUUCCUCCCCCUGCUGGCAUUCCAAACUCUGUGGCUCCACCCGGAACACCAAGCAGUGGGGGAGAGCUUGUGAAUGGCAACAAUCUGGCCGCAGCCCUUCAGAAACGCAUCAAUCGCAAGCGAAAAAACCACGGAGGCUCGGCCCAUGGACACCACAGUCUGACCAGUCAACAGCAGCAGUCACAUCCGCAUCCUACAACUCCGCAGACACCCACGGCUACGCCCGUGCAUGUGACCGGCGACGGUUUAAUAAGCGGAGCGGCCAAUGAUGAUGGUGAUGGAUCGCAGGAUGGCAAGACGCCCACGCCGAGGCAAUCAGGCAGCAUGGUUACGCACCAGGACGACGUGGUCACCCGCAUGAAGAACGUGGAGAUGAUCGAGCUGGGCAGGCAUCGCAUUAAGCCCUGGUAUUUCUCACCCUAUCCGCAAGAGCUGUGUCAAAUGCCCUGCAUCUACAUCUGCGAGUUCUGCCUGAAGUACAGGAAGAGCAGGAAGUGCCUGGAGAGGCACCUGUCCAAGUGCAAUCUUAGGCAUCCACCGGGAAACGAGAUCUAUCGCAAACAUACAAUUUCCUUCUUUGAAAUCGAUGGACGCAAAAACAAGGUGUAUGCCCAGAACUUGUGCCUGCUUGCCAAACUCUUUCUCGACCACAAGACACUCUACUAUGAUACCGAUCCGUUUCUCUUCUACGUAAUGACAGAGUUCGACUCGCGCGGCUUCCACAUAGUAGGGUACUUCUCCAAGGAGAAGGAGAGCACAGAGGACUACAACGUGGCCUGCAUUCUCACAAUGCCUCCGUAUCAGCGCAAGGGCUACGGCAAGCUGCUCAUUGAGUUCAGCUACGAGUUGUCCAAGUUCGAGGGCAAGACGGGAUCGCCGGAGAAACCAUUGUCUGAUCUGGGUUUGCUGUCCUAUCGAUCGUACUGGGCGCAAACCAUACUGGAGAUCUUUAUCAGCCAAAACCCGAGCACGGACGGCGAAAAGCCCACUAUAACUAUAAACGACAUCUGCGAAUGCACAUCCAUCAAAAAAGAGGACGUGAUCUCAACGCUGCAGAACCUGAACCUGAUCAACUACUACAAGGGCCAGUACAUCGUGUGCAUCAACCGGGUUAUCAUCGAGCAACACCGGCGAGCAAUGGACAAGCGCAAGAUCCGCAUCGACUCGAAAUGCCUGCACUGGACACCCAAAGACUGGUCCAAGCGCUCCAAAUGAUUUCCGCUACCAAUAUUCUUCAUCGGAUGAUCCUGGCUUCGUUGUAGCUUGUAGUUUUCAUUUACAGUUUCCGUUUUUAAUGUUAUAAACUAGUUUAUAUCAUACAAUAUUAUAUAUACUUUUGAGACG